AUGGCAUCAGUAUCUGCGCGUCCGGCGCGCACGGCCGCGACGCUGUCUACGACAUCGAUUGCGUCUCGCGCGUCUGCCUCCGCCGCUCCAUCGGUGCACACGCCCCCGGCAGCGUCGACCACCUCUCUCCCUGUCCCGGGGUCGCGCGCGUCAGUCGCAACAACAGGCGAGGACAUUGAGCUCUCCGACCUCCCCACACAGACAGAACCGAUAGUAGCUAUCGACGAUGUGCAAGCGCCAACGCGAUCCCGCCAACUGGCCAUCUCCAUCGCCUCCUUCUUCGUCAUCUUCACCUCGUGCGGCAUGCUCUUCUCCUUCGGCGUGUACCAGGAGAUCUACCAGGCCAUGUCUCUCGAGCCCAACACGCCCUUCACUGGCGCCAGUGCCGCCGCCAUCGACAUCAUCGGCACGCUAACGGCGACGUUCCAAACGAUGGGCGCGCCGAUAACAACAGCGUUCAUCCGGCGCUUCUCCCCGCGCGUCGCCAUCUUCACGAGCGCCGUGCUCUUCAUCGCCUCGAGCCUGCUCGCGAGCUACUCCCAGCACCUGUGGCAGUUCGUCCUGACCCAGGGCGUGCUGAUGGGCCUCGCGACGUGCUUCGCGUACAUGACGCCGUGCACUGUGGCGCCGACCUGGUUCGGGGCGCGGCGCGGUCUCGCCAUUGGCCUCAUCCUGAGCGGGACGGGGAUCGGGGGACUAGUGUGGGCGCCGGCGAUCCAGGCGCUCAACGCCAGCCUGGGGUUCAGGAACACGCUCCGCGUCUCCGGCGCGAUCACGACGGGCCUGAUAGUCGUGUCGGGGUUCAUCAUCGACUGGGAUCCAGUCAGCAAGGCGCGGCACGCGGCGGAGCGCGAGCGCGAGCGGCUCAUGGACGCGGAGCGGAGGGCGCAGGGCCUGCCCGCCAAGCGGCACAGGCGCAUCGUGCCCCUCGUGUCCUGGCGGACGGCGCGGAGCGGCCGGUUCUGCGCGCAACUGCUCAGCGCCAUGCUCCAGGCCGCAGCGUACUAUACGCCCGUCUUCUUCUUCUCGGCGUACGCGCGCACACUGGGGUACUCUGCGCGCGAGGGCGCCAACUUUAUCGCGGUCAACAAUGCGUGCAACGCCAUAGGCAAGAUCCUCCUCGGCCUCGCGGCCGAUCGGUUUGGACGGAUCAACAUGCUCCUCCUCUCCACGGCCGUCAGCGCCGUGUGCAGCUUUGCGCUCUGGCUGCCCUCCACCCUCACAUCUAGCUUGCACGCGGGCCAAGGGCUCUUCGUCACCUACGCCAUCCUUUACGGCUGUUUCGCAUCGGCUUAUGUCAGCUUGUUCCCGACGUGUCUUGUGGAACUGUUUGGGCCGCAGAACUUUGCCUCGGUCAAUGGCGUCUUGUACGCUGUCCGCGGCAUUGGGUCUUUGUUCGGCACGCCCAGCGCCGGCGCCCUCGUCGAUCACACCAAGACGACGCCGUUUGGGUACCACAACAUGGCCAUCAUGGUCGCGGCACUCCUGGCCGCUAGCUCUGUCAGCCUCGUCUGGGUCAAGAUUGAGUGUCGCAAGAGCCCGAUGCCGGGACCGUUGUAG